AGAUGAAGCAGAUACGAGGUCCUUUUCUUCCAUCCAUUGAUCCACCGACUGUCUGUUCGAUGAUAUUCCUGCUUCUCUAGUCUUCCACCACUCCAUUGUCAGAUCUUUUCUCACUAUCACACUCAUUCUCAUUUGCAUUGCUUAAUCUAAUACCCAUUUCCCAGAAAUGGAUAGAGAUUCGUCUGACGAGGAAGAUGAUCGCCACACUCUAAUUGAGCAAAAUGAUAGGAAGCCCAAUCACCAUCACAACCAUUCCUCUCCCCAGCGGCGAUCCACCUCCACCUUCCACAUUGAGGAGACCGAGUCUUUUGGUGGUUCAAUUCGCCGUCGUUUCUUUCGUAACUUCAAUAAGAGGUACUACUACUACUUGUUGGCCAUUUUUCUCCCUCUCUUAAUCGUCGUCAUCAUUUUCUCUGCGGAUAUUAGGAAUAUGUUCUCCGCCAAUCUCUCUGCUCUCAGGCUUGAUUCCGUUUCAGACCGGAUGAGAGAGGCUGAGUUACAAGCGCUUUACUUGCUGGGUCAGCAGCAACUUUCUCUGCUCUCUCUCUUGAACCAAUCAUUUCCAUUUCACAAUAAUAACAGCAAUACGCUUUCUAAUUCCAAUUCUAAUACAAGUGUUAAUUCCAAUGCCUCUUUUGAGUUCAAUAACUUAGAGGAACAAGGUUUGAGAUUCAAGAUUGAGGAUUUGAGAUCUGCCCUUCUCAAGCAGAUUUCUUUAAAUAAACAAAUUCAACAGGUUCUAUUAUCCCCUCACGAGUCUGCAAAUGUCAAUGUAUCUGCUCCAGACUUUGUGGGUUCUGGAUUUGGUUAUGAUAGGUGUAGGAAGGUGGAGUCGAGAUUCUCGGAUAGGAAGACAAUAGACUGGAAACCCAGAUCAGACAAGUUCUUGUUUGCCAUUUGCUUAUCUGGGCAGAUGAGUAACCAUUUGAUUUGCUUGGAGAAGCAUAUGUUUUUCGCGGCUUUGUUGAAUCGAGUUUUGGUUAUGCCAAGUUCUAAAUUUGAUUUCCAAUAUAGUAGGGUGUUAGAUAUUGAACACAUAAAUCAUUGUUUGGGAAGGAAGGUGGUAGUGACAUUUGAAGAGUUUGCACAGAUGAGGAAGAAUCAUGUGCAUAUUGAUCGAUUUAUAUGUUACUUCUCUUCACCUGUUCCGUGCUAUGUGGAUGAAGAACACGUUAAGAGGUUGAAAGGGUUAGGUAUUUCAAUGGGCAAGCUUGAGUCGCCUUGGAAGGAGGAUGUGAAGAAACCAAGUAAAAAGACUGUUCAGGAUGUGCAGGCCAAGUUUACUGCCAAUAAUGAUGUGAUUGCUAUUGGAGACGUGUUUUUCGCUGAUGUAGAGAAGGAGUGGGUGUUGCAGCCCGGUGGUCCUCUUGCUCACAAAUGCAAGACAUUGAUUGAACCAAGUAGGCUUAUUAUACUUACUGCCCAGCGAUUUAUUCAAACUUUCUUGGGGAAGAACUUCAUUGCCCUCCAUUUCCGGCGCCAUGGCUUUUUGAAGUUUUGCAAUGUCAAAAAGCCAAGUUGCUUUUACCCCAUACCCCAAGCUGCAGAUUGCAUUGCACGGGUGGUUGAGAGGGCCAAUGCACCAGUCAUGUAUCUUUCCACUGAUGCAGCAGAAAGUGAAACUGAUUUGUUGCAGUCCCUAAUUCUGGUGAAUGGCAAAGCUGUACCCCUUGUCAAACGGCCAUCACAUACUUCAGUAGAGAAGUGGGAUGCUUUGUUAUCAAGACACGGCAUUGAGGGUGAUUCUCAGGUGGAAGCCAUGCUUGAUAAGACAAUCUGUGCUAUGUCUAGUGUUUUCAUUGGAGCCUCAGGAUCCACUUUCACUGAGGACAUUUUGCGGCUGCGGAAGGAUUGGGAAUCAGCAUCUUUAUGUGAUGAGUACCUUUGCCAAGGUGAAUUGCCAAACUUCAUUGCAGAAGAUGAAUGAAGAGGAAGAUAAUCAAGUUACUGUUUUCAGAUAUGUACCGGCAUUCCUUGUGAAGAUGGUUUCCAAUGAAUUGAAUUAUCUGCAAGACUGGUAUUCAUUAUUCAAUAUUCCUGGGUCAAUACCUGUAUGGCUUGAUGCUGAAUAUGUACCUUGUACGUUAGUGUAGUGUAUGAUAUGAUAGUAGCAUUAUGUUUUGCACAUAAGUUUCUGAUCAUUGUUUUUGCGGUUUGAGAAUGUUUUCUGUAAUACACCCGGCAAGCUGGUCUCCCUCUAUUGUUGUCGAUGACUUAUCAUUCUUUAUAUUUGCUCAGCUCAAAAACCAUGAAGGUUAAAUUGGGGAGUGACAUGUUCAUUCAA